AAGAUAGAGACCAAUCAGAGUUUGACACGUCAUACAUUCUGUUUGUACAUCAUCCCGGUUUCCUUGUAUGAAGCUGGUCAGCUAGCUGCUCUGUAGCCGUUGUUAACCAGCGCUUUAACGGUUAAAUGCUUUUAUUCUGUAGAAGAAAAUAAAAGAUAUCCAUCAUGGCUUCUCGAGCUGGUCCAAGAGCAACGGGCACAGAUGGCAGUGACUUCCAGCACCGGGAGCGGGUCGCCUCUCACUACCAGAUGAGUGUUGCCUUGAAGUCUGAAAUCCGUAAGCUCAACAUUUUCCAUCUGCUGAUCUGGGUGCUGAUGGCAGCUCAGGUGACGGUAAGCCAGCUGAACCUGGUGUCCCACAAGGUGGUGGCCUCUCCAUACCAGUGGGAGUACCCCUACUUACUGAGCAUAAUACCCACAGUCUUCAGCUUCUUGGCACUGCCCCGUAACAACAUCAGCUACCUGGUCAUCUCCAUGAUCAGCGCCGGGCUCUUUUGCGUGGCGCCACUGAUCUACGGCAGCAUGGAGAUGUUCCCCGUGGCUCAGCAGCUCUAUCGCCACGGCAAAUCAUACCGUUUCAUUUUCGGCUUCAGUGCCGUGUCAGUCAUGUACCUGGUGAUCGUAAUCGCCGUGCAGGUUCACGGCUGGCAGAUCUACUAUAGUAAGAAGCUGCUGGACCAGUGGUUCACCACCACACAGGAGAAGAAGAAGAAAUAAAUUCAGCUGAAGCAUGCUUAAACUCCAAGGUCAACUAGUUUGAAGGACAAAGAGGAUCUUAGAGCCGAAUUGCUAAGACCAAGAGACUUUAUUGUUGUCCAGCUUGUUUUUUUCUAUAUUUAUAUUUGACAGUGAUUACAUCAUUGUUUGAAGAAAAUCAGUUCUUGGACAGAUUGUAACCGUCACCUUCCCCUCUGUACAGGAUUUCUGACAUUUCAUCAUUAACAGCAACAAACUAUAAAAUGCUUUGUGUACUUCA